UCGGCAGGUCGACGCCAUGACAUGUCUGCCUUUGUCAAGUCAGUCAGACGGUUGCCUGGCUUCGAUCUGACCGUGUGCCGCUAGCCAGCCAGCCGCCUGAAUGUAGAUCCGCAUGGGCUUCUACCACGCCAUCGUCCUAAUAACCCCGCGGAGUCGUAAGACAAGGAUCCCAGGAUGGUGUUAGUGCAUGUCGGAUACCUGGUUCUCCCCGUAUUCGGCUCAGUCAGAAACCGAGAUCAGCAAGGGAUUCCGAAACAACUUUGAUUUCCGUGCAGCUUGUGGUAACCAUCAUUGUCCCACCCCCCCACAGAAGUGUUUGUCACCGUAGGUAAGAGGUAGGGCUUCAUCCACAUGCUAAGUCACUCACAUACACACACACAUACAUGUACACACACACAUUGUCACCACAUUACACCCACAAUUAAUUCCAACUCAUGUUUCACUCUUGGUAUACCUGACGUUUUCUGCUUCUCCCCCCCUUCUUCCACUGCGCCCUGUAGGAUCCCAUUUCACCCGGCAACAGCAGCAGCAUAGCCAUGCUACGUCUUGCCGCCACUUCCAGCUAGGCCCCCAGGCCACGCUGCCCAUGGACUUCCCCAUGCCCCAACCGCAGUCGGGCGUCAACCCCCACCUGGCCCCGUCCGGCCACCAGCACGGACCCCCACUACACCACCCGCCCCUCAACCCUAUGCCCGCCCCCCAGUUCCAGGACAUCCCCGCCCCUCCCUUCCUACCUCAGGCAUUACACCAGCAAUACCUCCUUCAGCAGCAGAUCCUUGAGGCCCAGCACCGACACAUUUUGCCGCCUAACAGUAGACGCACCCAGGAGAGAGUUCCCCACCAGCCCCAUAGACUGCGUCCAGGCUACGAGUUUGGCCCGCCUCUGCACGUCCCUCCCCAGCCAGUGGUGCAGCAGCCACGCUACCUGGCUGAGGGCACUGACUGGGAUUUAAGUGUAGACGCAGGACUUCCCCCACACCAGUACCACAUCCACCCACUGCCGCAGCACUAUCAGCACUAUCUGACCUCUCCCAGAAUGCACCACUUCCCCAGGAACAACACCUCAACACAAGUGGUCGUACACGAGAUCCGAAACUAUCCGUAUCCUCAGUUGCACUUGCUGGCGCUGCAGAGCCUCAACCCCUCUCGUCAUGCAUCAGCUGUAAGGGAAAGCUACGAGGAACUUUUACAGCUGGAGGACCGACUAGGCAGCGUAAACCGUGGAGCGGUCCAAACCACCAUUGAGAGAUUCACUUUCCCUCACAAGUACAAGAAGAGAAUCCCCCAGGACCUGAAGAUGUGUCUGGAUGACGAAGAGCUAGACACGGAUGAAAAGUGCACCAUUUGUUUAUCCAUGUUGGAGGACGGCGAGGAUGUCAGGAGAUUACCCUGCAUGCACCUCUUCCACCAAGCGUGUGUGGACCAAUGGCUGGCCACCAGCAGGAAGUGCCCCAUAUGCAGGGUGGACAUUGAAACCCAGCUCAACCCUGACAGUUGACACCUACAGCCUCACAUCCCACAAUCCUCUGCUUUCUCCGCCUUGUGGCGGGGUGGGGGCAUGGUAGGAUCAACCAAGCACACACACACACACACACACACACACACACACACACACACACACACACACACACACACACACACACACACACACACACACAUAGGCAGGGAUGGGGUUGACACAUUUUAAGACUGGCUUGACUACGUGGAUGUAUAAGAAAGGCAAACGUCGACAUGGAUGCUGCACACGUGUACAGAACAUGACACAAAACCAUUAGCAUGAGGUUGUUUGGUGUGCGUGCUGAUCCAGUAUUUACCAGAGUAACAGUGUUGUGUAGCAACAGAGAGGCCAUGUUUGUGGGUGGCUGGUCAGAAUCUUUCAAAGCCCAGUUUUGUGUAAAAAGGCCAGAAACCAUGAAAAAACAACAACCCCUCUCUCUCCGUGUUGUGAUUUUCUUUUGGAUGUAGGCGCCAUCAUUGCUAACACGGCUAACUGCAGGCAUGGCUUCCAGUGAUGUGUGUUGUGGGGCCCCUCGCUAGAUUAGACGACCACCCCCCUCCCCCCGACCCCUAAAUGGUGUGUGUGUGCGUGUGUGUGCGCACCAGGCUUUUUGGACUGUGUGGUCAUUGUGGAGCAAGUAGAAGCAGGGCACCCGUGUCGUGUGCAUGCCACCCCACUCAUCCGCAGGAGGGGAGUGGCGGUUGGGCGCCCCCUUACCCUUCCUCCUUUACACACGCCAAAGUUGCCCUUAGACACUGACCUCUGACCUGAGCCUUGUCUAACAGCAACGCCGCCAUCUUGCCUCACUCGAGUGACAUUUCUCAGAACCUUAUUGCCUGACAAAACGAGCACAUUUAUUAGUGUCAUUAUUCUUCACCGGUUCCUCGUUCCCAUUACUGUACAGGGGGCGGGGGAAAGGAAACCGAAAGUAGUUUGCCUGCCUGUGUUUGAAUGUGUGUGUUAGUCCCGCCCUCCUCCUGUCCUUCCUUGUGUGUGGUGUCGUGCAGGAGGACAAAAGUGAUAAGAAGCCAUCCAUUUAACAACAACAACAACAAAAAACCAAACAAUUGUUCUUAACGUUGUCUUCUCAUAUGUUUGUAUGCCAUUUUUUUUUUUUUUAAAUUCACAUGUUAAUUGUUUUGGAUGCGGUACUAAUAACACACGCAGUCACAGUGAAGAUAAAGAGCUGCAACGCUGCAAAAAAAAGCAUAUUUAUAUAUUUGUCAAGUAGUUUGUGUUAAUGUAAAUGCACUAUAAAAUGAAAUUGCCUGUUUUUUUUUUUUUUCCCUUUUUUUGUUUAUUUGGUUUGGUGGUGUGUGUGUGUGUGUGUGUGUGUGUGUGUGUGUGUGUGUGUGUGUGUGGCUUCUUCUUGUCUUAAGGUUUCGUUGUUUUUGUUUGAUUCCAAGUAUUUUCAUGCUUCCUGGUGUGUUGUUUACCAAGGAGUGUUGGAGCCACACUGAAAAGAAGGGAGUAUUAAAGUGGCAAUAUGACGAGGGGUCGGGGGAUGGAAAGGGGUAUUUGUGCAAGCACACAGUCAUAAUAGUUUUGAAAAUGUUAUAUCCAUACUUGAAAGUUUAAAUAUUAUGAGAAGAAACACAAUUUUAUGAGAAAAAGAAAAAAAUGAAUUUUAGGGCUAUGAAUUUGGACUUUAGUGACAAAUGUGUAAAGUUGUGAUAUUACAAGAAAAAAAUGUGUUUCAUUAUUAUAAGGAAAUCAUUUUGGGGAUUUUUUUGGUUGUUUUUGGAAUAUUACAGCUUUGUCUUGUAAGAUCUUUUUUCCUUUAAAAUUAUGAAUUAAUUGUCAUUAUAUAAACAAAUAAUAAAUAUUUUUCCCUUUCGUAUGUGUAACAACUUUUCCCAAAACCAAGAUUUAAAUGUUCAUACAAUGAUGGUAAUAUCACAUGUUUUUUCUUGUAAAAUUAGAGCUUUAUUCUAGUCAUAUUCAAAUUAAUUUUGAUGGCUAAAGUAUGACUUCAACUUUUUAAAAUUAUUCAAAAAUAUUGGUGACACUUUAGUAUGGGGAACAUAUUCUAAGUAACAAAGACUUAGAGUUAUUGGGUUAGGGUUAGUCGUAUAAAAAGGCCAUGCAGAAUAAGGCAUUAAUAAGUACUUAACCUUCCUCUUGUGUUAGAUUUCUGUUACCAUCUCUCAUGUUAAAGGGUCAGUUUCGAACCAUGUCUUAAAUCAGCUGUAAAAUACACUAAAAACAAUUAUCCAAUUUGUUUCUCAUCUCUCGGUUACCCUGUUCUGCUUCCUUAUGCAUGGAAACAUUGGCUUUAAUAUUUUUGGUGUGGGCCAUUUAAAAAAAUGGUAAAAUGAACGCAGAGAACCGUAUAAAUGAAUAAAAGCUUGUUGUGUUACCUGAUUAUUACUGAGGGGUAUUUGAACACAUCUCUUGAAUAAACUGGUUUUAUUUAUUUUUCCAUUUUAAGAAUUGUAUAUGAAUUGACCUCACAUGUCUGGACAUGCCCGUCUUUGUUGUAUUUUGUACUGGAUAACAAGGUAAAAUGAGAAUCUCCUAAAGCUCUCAUGACUGAGAGAGGAGCUCGCUGUCAGUGUGUUCAGUUUUGCCACUAUUUAUUGCUUGAUAAUCUUAUUUUUAUAACUGGGUCGAAAACGACCCUAACAACACCAAGGUCAUAAUUUUAACCAGAGCAUUUUAUAAUUUAGUGAAAAAAAAAAGAAGUUUUGUUUUGUUGAAAAAUAGAGGUUCCUGACAAAGUCAAAAAGCCUCGAUGCAAAAAAAUUAAAAUAUGUGGUUCUUUUAUGCAUUUAAAAAGUAAAACGGGUCGGGGCCGACCCUAACACAAGACGAAGGUAAAUAAUGACUAAUUAAGUGAAGUGAUUUAUAUUUAUAUAGCGCUUUUCUCUGGUGACUUAAAGUACUUUACAUCGUGAAAGCCAAUAUCUAGUAACAUUUAAACCAGCGUGGGUGGCACUGGGGGCAGGUGGCUAAAGUGUCUUGCCCAAAGACACAAUGGCAGGAUGGCAGAAGCGGGGAUCGAACCUGGAACCCUCAAGUUGCUGGCACGGCCACUCUACCAACCGAGCUAUACCUCCCCAAGAGAGCCAAUAUGUUACUAAAUUGCAUGCUAAUAAGCAACUAAUUAAUGGUGAAUAUGUUCCCCAUACUAAAGUGUUACCAAAAUAUUUUUGUUCAAUCUGUGCAAAAUUUAAUUGGAAUAUUUGAAAUCUAUUCUCAUAAAAUGACAAGUUUUUCUUGGUAAAAAUGUCGACUUCAAUAUGGCAAUUUGAUUGUCGUCACAAUUUGAUUAAAUAGUUUUUUUCUUUUCAGUGUGGGCCAGACAUUCCUUGGUGUUUAUCGGGUGGUAACUUGACUGUGUUGCGUUAUUCUUUUCCCUCUCAUGUGAGAUCUACAUCCAAAAAAACGAAAGAAGACAAAAAAAAAAGUGCUGAAAUAAUGGGAGGUUCUGCUCGUUCACAUAGAAUGCUGUGAUUUUAAAGAUGCCUUAAGUAUUUAACAAUCAUUAUUUAUUACUAACUGUAGCUAGCUAGCUAUUGUGGUGAAAUAUUUUAACGUCUAUCUCAUACCUUUGCAAUUUAAUCGAUAUAUUUAUUUAAAAUAAUAUAAAAUAUUACAAAAAAAAAACAAUACCUCAUUAUGCAUUGGUCGGUGGGGAUGCUUUUUUGCAUGCCGUGUGUGUGCGUGUGUGAGUUUUCCUUCUGCAAAGAAGAGACUAGUGGGGGAUGUGGGGGUUAGUGUCUCCCAGUCCUCUUUAAAGCCAGCAUGGUGCUGUUGAUGGAGAUCACAUUCCCUUUAGUUUCACUCGCUUUGGUCUGAGAUUGUCUUUUGUCUUAGUAACCGCUCCACGAUUAGCCGGCGUGUUUGUUUUUGCCAUACGAUGCUGCUUUCGCCUCUCAUAAUCAAUCAGUUCCCUCAUCUCUUGGAUCUGCGCUUAUUCUUCCUUUAGAGGCCACAUUGAUAUUGAGCUGUGUUGCCAAUGGCUAUUUGCUUAGUGAUUGUGGGAGGGGGGGAUGUACCUUACUUACUUAACAUUGCUAACUUGAGCCAUUGAUCUUAUUGAGCAAACUGUGGUGAUACCAAUAUAAAUGAACGUGUGGAUAUAAUAAGCUAACUUUUGCGUGUGCUUUUCCUCAAUACUAUUCCUGCAAACUAGAGAUGCGCGGUUUGCGGUCUCAUCCGCGGAGAAAACGCUGGUCGGGCGGGUGACAUGACGAAAAAAUGUAUUUUAAAUGGAUUUGGGCGGGUGGCGGUUGAACCAUUCGGAAAUAUUUGAUAAACAUGGUUCAGGUUUCGGCAACCUUUACCACUCAAAGAGCCAUUCUGACCCGUGUAACAAAGAAAAGAAGACAAUUGGAGCCGCAAACAUUCUCGCAAAUAUCUGCUGAUGGCCACCCAGUUAACAAGUAAUAGGGUGUGCUAUGAAGCCAUUGCCUUUAUGACACCCUCCACAACAUGGACUAACAGCUUGCCAGUCCAGCAAUAUGUUGUGUGUGGCUUCCGCACAUGACUGCAAGGCAUACUGGGUGAUAUAGAGUACACUGAUGGUUAUGAUAUAACCAAUUUUAACACUCUUACUAAUAUGCCCCACGCUGUGAAGCCACACCAAACAAGAAUGACAAACACAUUUCGGGAGAACAUCCUCACAGUAACAACAAACGCAACACAACAAAUACCCAGAAUCCUUUGCAUACAUGACUAAUUUGACUAUAUUAUACACCCCGCUAGCACCAAACCCCGCCCCCCCCACCCUUCCGUGCGUCGAUAAGGUGGGUGGGGUUUGGGGUGGGAAAUAUAUUCAGGAAGGGUCAUGGAUGCAAAGGAUUCUGGGUAUUUGUUGUGUUGCGUUUAUUUUGUGUUACUAUGAGGAUGUUCUCCCGAAAUGUGUUUGUCAUUCUUGUUUGGUGUGGCUUCACAGUGUGGCGCAUAUUAGUAAGAGUGUUAAAAUGAUUUAUAUCACAACCAUCAGUGGACUCUAUCACCCAGUAUGCCUUUUCAAUUUUGUACGUGCAUCUGCGGAAGCCACGUACAACAUGAUGCUGGACUGGCAAGCAGUUUGUAAAUGUUGUAGAAGGUGUUAAAGUCAAUGGCUUCAUAGCACGCCCUUUUUCUCGAUAUCUGGUUGAGCUCCAGCAGAUAUUCGUGAGAAAUGUUUCUGGAUGCCAUUGUCUUCUUUACUUUGUGAUACGGGUCAAAAAUAGUUAUUUGAGUGGUAAAGGGUGUCGACCCCUGAUAUUUAACAACGGGCGAGCGGUUGCGGUUUUGAUAAAAUGUUGGUUCGGGUGGAUGACGACUUUAGUGAUGCGGUUGCGGACGAUAUAAUUGCCUAUCCGCGCAUCUCUACUGCAAACGGUUAUUUUAAAAUAAGGGAAAAUUGGAAUCGACUGAAGCUGGCUUUACUAUUUAUUAUUAUUAUUGUUGUGUUUUUUUUUAAAAUUAUGUUUGUGCUCUCACUGGCCUUAUACCCCCCCUUGCGCCCGCCACAGUGUACCCUGUUUGCUCCAGAGCCAACUGGACUGUAGCCAUAGUAUUAACUCAAGCUGAUGAACCGGAAUGAACAGUAGAAACUUUUAAAGCACAAGCUUUUUAAAUGCAUGUCCUUCUCAGGUUUUCCUAUGUGUAUGUGGGAGUAGCUUUGUUAGAUGUGUUUAAUAUGAUGCUGUACCUUUCUUGAAUAUUUCUUUCUUUGCUGCUGAGAAUACAUAAAAAAAAUAAAUUAAAAAAACCUGGGAAAAAAAACGUUAUUAACCUGCCAGUGAAAAAGGGAAGUGGCCAUCUUUGUACAACAACACUGCUGUUUUGCUGUAACCACGCAAUGUUUUAUGAUCUUGAGUAUUUUAUAGAAAAGUAGAAGUAUGUAUCAAUAAUAUGAAAGCAAUAGCAGAAUCAUAAUGAAGAAUAACAUGAUCAGUGAAUAUUGUGGAGAAAAAAAACAACAAACACCUUUGGAUUCACUCUGGGUGGAUUUUGUACUGUAUUUAUUACUAAUGACAAUGCAAAAAGUUGCAUAGCUUAACCCAAACUGUUCUGUCUCUUUUUUAUUUAUUGUCUUGUAUAUGAUCUUUUUGUAUGUGUUUUUCAAAUAAAAUGCCUAAAAUGCUGACGACAAA